AUGGCGGAUCUCCAGGGACGAAAAGUAUUCAAGGUCUUCAACCAGGACUUUGUGGUCGACGAGCGCUACACCGUCACCAAGGAGCUGGGCCAAGGCGCCUACGGCAUUGUCUGCGCGGCAGUCAACAACCAGACGAACGAGGGCGUCGCCAUCAAGAAGGUCACCAAUGUCUUUAGCAAGAAGAUCCUCGCCAAGCGCGCCCUGCGCGAGAUCAAGCUGCUGCAGCACUUUCGCGGCCACCGCAACAUCACAUGUCUCUAUGAUAUGGAUAUUCCGCGACCCGACAACUUCAACGAGACAUAUCUCUACGAAGAGCUGAUGGAGUGCGACUUGGCGGCCAUCAUCCGAUCCGGCCAGCCCCUGACAGACGCUCACUUCCAGUCCUUCAUCUACCAGAUCCUGUGCGGUCUCAAGUACAUCCACUCCGCCAACGUCCUCCACCGAGACCUGAAGCCCGGCAACCUGCUCGUUAACGCCGACUGCGAGCUGAAGAUUUGCGACUUUGGCCUUGCCCGCGGCUUCUCCGUCGAUCCGGAGGAGAAUGCCGGAUACAUGACGGAGUACGUCGCCACGAGAUGGUACCGCGCGCCCGAGAUUAUGCUGAGCUUCCAGAGCUACACUAAAGCCAUUGAUGUGUGGUCUGUCGGCUGCAUCCUGGCCGAGCUCCUGGGCGGGCGCCCCUUCUUUAAGGGCCGAGACUAUGUCGACCAGCUCAACCAGAUUCUGCACAUUCUCGGAACCCCGAACGAAGAAACACUCCGCCGCAUCGGAUCCCCCCGCGCCCAGGAAUACGUGCGCAACCUGCCGUUCAUGCCCAAGAAGCCCUUCCCCGCCCUCUUCCCCGACGCCAACCCCGACGCCCUCGACCUCCUCGACAAGAUGCUCGCCUUUGACCCCUCACAGCGCAUCAGCGUCGAGCAGGCGCUCGAGCACCCGUACCUGCACAUCUGGCACGAUGCGUCCGACGAGCCGGACUGCCCCACGACGUUCAACUUUGACUUUGAAGUGGUCGAGGACGUUGGCGAGAUGCGAAAGAUGAUCCUGGACGAGGUGCUGCGUUUCCGACAGCUGGUGCGCACGGCUCCUGCGUCCGGCAACCAAGGCGCACCCCAGCAGAUUCCGGUCCCGAUGCCGUCAGCCGGUGGCCAGUGGACGGCGGAGGACCCGCGACCCCAGGAGUACAUGGGACAGCCCAACGGACUGGAGCAGGAGCUCCAAGCAGGCAUGGACAUUAGGAGGUAA